CACAAAUAUUUAUCUUGGAGUGUCUGGCAUGGUUAAUGGCAAUGAUUAAUUGGAUUAAAAUAACAAGGAUGACUAAUACCAUGCCAAAUAAAAAGGGCAUCCCCUCCCACCCUGUGAGCCAAAACGGAGAGGAUGAGGAGAGGGAGAGGGAGAGGGAGAGGGAGAGAGAGAAGCUGCAACAGCGUGAAACAGCAUGGAUGAUUUGAGAGGAUACCCAACUCGGUUGCCAUUUCUAUUUCCCAGCCUUGCCUUUGCUUUUGUGUGUCAACCCUGAAGGCCAACAACGCACCUGAAACUGUGGCAUGCCACUCUUCUACCCCUCCACCCAUUUCUUGAGCUCCAUCGACACACAAAUAGGUGGCCUUCGCCAAGUGCUUGCUUGCUGGGCUUUAUGAGAAUUCUAGUCCACAGCGGGGCCAGCGCAGCUCUUCUUCCUUGCCUUCUUCGGCCGGCGUCUGCCCCUUGCGGUCUCACGUCGGCCACUGUCGCAGCGGUGCCGCAGCAGAGCCGCCAGCACCAUCUGAACAUGUGUCGCAGGGGAGUGCUUCCUGAGCAUUAUUGCGUCGAGGGCAAUGGUGAUGCGUGGAAGGAGAGCGUGGUGGUCGUCAUGGGCGCCACCGGAACGGGGAAGUCGAAGCUGUCCGUCGAGCUGGCCACGGUGUUCGACGGCGAGGUGGUGAACUCCGAUAAGAUUCAGGUGUAUCGGGGCCUCGACAUCACCACCAACAAGAUGCCGCUCGGGGAGCGCUGUGGCGUGCCGCACCAUUUGCUGGGGGAGCUCGACCCGGCGGCGGGCGAGCUCGACCCGGCUGGGUUCCGGGAUAUGGCGGCGCGCGCCAUUGCUGGGAUCGCUGGCCGAGGACGGAUUCCGGUGGUGGCUGGCGGGUCCAACUCCUUCAUACACGCCGCCAUGGCGGGCAGGUACGACCCGCGGCAGAGCCCGUUCACGGCGGGGUGGCCGCGGCGGACGACGAGGAAGGAGGCGGGGGCGCUGCGGUACCGGUGCUGCUUCCUGUGGGUGGACGUGGACGCGGCGGCGCUGGCGGAGCAGCUCGACCGGCGGGUGGAGGAGAUGGUUGCGGCGGGGAUGGUGGAGGAGCUGGGGCGGUACUUCGCGGAGGAGGCAGAGGCGCAGGCGGGUAAGUCGAGGCACCCAGGGCUGGACAAGGCGAUCGGGGUGUCCGAAUUCCGGGAAUACUUCCUGGGCGAGGGGCGGGGGACGGAGGCGGCAUACGAGGCAGCGGUGGUGGCCAUCAAGGCCAACACGAGGCGACUGGCGGAGCAACAGGCUCGGAAGAUCGAGCAGCUGGUGGAGUUGGGGUGGCCACUGCUGAGGCUGGACGCCACCCCGACCGUGUUGGCGCGGCUAUCCGGGACAGCGGCGGCGGCGGCGGAGGCAGAGGCCGCGUGGGAGAAGCACGUGGCGGGCCCCAGCGCCGUCGCGGUAGAGCAAUUCCUGAAUGGAGACGUCGAGGCGCAUCACCACCACCAUCACCACAUCAUACCUUCUCCUCUGCUUUAUAUUUGAGAGCUUCUGGUCACCCGGUCCCGGUGCUUCUUUUUACACGUUCACCUCCCUCCCUCCCUCCCUCCCUCCCUCCUGUCUCUGCUUUAUUUUCUUUUUCCCUUUUUGUUUGUAAUAGGUAAAAAGAACAAAAUGAAAGUAAAGAACAAUAUAAUGGAAAUAGAAGCUGUGAUUUUUAUUUGCAUUUA